GCGCGCCUAAAUAUGCCUAAAGCACUUUGUACAGCUAUCACUCAUCUUUGAUAAGUUUUAAGCCUUUGUAGGAAGGCACUCAAUUCCAGGCAUAGCUGAGCGAAGACAUCACAUAAUCAUAUCUGCGAUCGUGAAUAAAUGCCUCUCGUGCUCCCAAAGAAACUUCCCAGGACUCAUCAUCAGGGGAUAUUUCUUCACAAAUCCUUCUUAUCACUCGUGAUUCGAUUAUAUUCCUCCAUAGCCUUCAAGUGAGAACAUAAGCCGGGUUUUGGACGACAGCGAUUCCUUGUCUUUUCAAGUCACCCUGAAGAAGCGAGAGAAAGAGGGGAUUAUACGGUAUCAGUGAAACCGGAAGUCGCUGGCGUGCUCCCUCGAAGGGACAUUUCCGUUUCUCACUGCGCAGACUCCGGGAAUCCUAGAUUUAAGUCCAAGCUAUGUAAAGAUGUGGUUGAAAAAUGGCCUGUAACUGUCAUCGGAUGGUUUUCUUCAAUCUUCUUUUGCUUUUGCUCUUGUUGGCGAAAGUGAUAGGCGACAGAGUUCAAAUAAUGAGCGUGCCUGACAAGAGCAAGUCUACAUGGAAAUGGACUUGGACACCAAGUGGCACCCAAACCAUGUGGAACUACGCUACAUUACUGGACGGAAGCCAGACCAAGAUAUACUAUUACGCAUGUGACGUUUCGCCAAGCGGACAACCAAACACGUGGUUACGAAGUGACGUCAUCGACGUUCAACAUGCCAAGAAAAUUGACAUCGCAAUAGACUAUGCAGUUCAAAACUGCUCUGCAAUUAAAAAUGCCAAAUACUGUAAACAUAACUUCAAUUUAUACGCUCACCAGACAUCGAAUCUUUAUACACCCGACAAAAUUCCCGACCCUUAUUUAACGAGCGGGUCUUCGUAUGAAAAAAUUGGAACAUUGGAUCCUAAGGUAAUAUCGGUUUCGAAGGUACAAGAGGCACAGAAUUUUGAAACGCUUUCUUUCAAGAUAAAACCUGGGAAUAACUAUGUGUAUCUGGCGUUGCACUACAGAGGAGGCUGCUUCGUCGUCUAUGGCUUUCAUGUGCAUUAUUAUCGAUGUCCGUCGUUGGCUUUGUCUUCAAGUCUUAUUCAGCUGCCGCUGACCACUUCACCUGCUAAUGGUUCGGUUCAAGUGAAGGGGUCGUGUACGGAGCAUGCUCAACCAAUGACAAAUGCUAACGAUUUGUUUGGAUAUUGUGAAGCUGAUGGAAAAUGGAGCAAAGAUUUGAAUCGAGGGGAGUGUCUCUGCGAAGCUGGCUACGAGAAGGUGUUUAUUAUGUCGGGUUCCGAAUGCAAAGCUUGUCCUAAAGGUACAUACAAGAGCACGGUCAAUAACACCAGCUGUACACCGUGUCCAGGCAACAGCAAACAUGUCAAUGACAGGACAAGGUGUCAAUGUAUACCUGGUUUCUUUAGAUCGGAAACGGAGGCUGUAUUUUACAACUGCACACAACCGCCUUCAGCACCGCGGGAUUUAGACACCAUUUUCUUUAACGCCACUUUUGUGAGAAUGAAAUGGUCUUUGCCGUCGGACCUCGGAGGCAGGUCAGACUUGUAUUACCAAGUGGAGUGCAAAAGAUGUGACGACAAAGGGAACGAGUGCACAGAGGAAUGUACUCCCCAGGUCAAGAUUUAUCUCAAGGAAAUCACCAACAUCUCGACUCUAGCUAACGUCAAGUACUUAUCCCCCUACAGUUAUUAUAAGUUCAGGGUGUUUGCUAAAAAUGGAGUCAGUCAAGUGGCCGAGAAGAACAAAAUGGAAGCUGCUUUUUCUGAGGUCAAACUGCGGACUAACGAAACGAUUCCCGGGAUUCCAGAGAUAAUUGUCGCUAAAUCAGUCAGUUCGUCGUCCGUCUUCUUAAGCUGGAACGUUCAAGAAAAAAAUGGCGUCAUCAUGUAUUAUCAAGUGGUAUACUAUCCUGUGAAUCAGCCGUCUAGACUGAAAAUAUUGAACACAACCUCAUGUAAUGCUACUAUUAAUGGUCUGCAAGAAGGAAAUGAGUAUUAUUUCCAGGUUCGAGCGGGUACAAAACAUGGUCUUGGUCAACCCAGUAAAACACAGCAGCUUCUUCCUCCAGGAAAGAUCAAUACCAUGCCUUUUUCGUGGGAGAUCUUGGCUGGGAUUGUAGGGGCAGCUGGUGUGUUCUUGAUCCUCAUUCUCAUACUCGUCAUCGUCUGUCUACAUCGAAAACGAAGGAGAUACAUUCGAGCACGUGCGUUCAGUAUGGAAAAGCUAGGAGAUGGACUGAUGCAGCAUGUCGAUGGCCACAAGCUGUACAUCGAUCCUAGUAACUAUGGCAACCCCAUGGAGGCGCUAAUGAGUGUGACAGAAGAGAUUGAUCGAAAGAAUAUAAAACUGGAGAAGCUGAUUGGUGGAGGGGAAUUCGCAGAAGUCUACAAAGGAACUUUCACGUGCGAUGAUGGCAAAACUGAAACCGUUGCUGUUAAAAUCUUAAAGCCAAAGUCUACUCAAAAGAACCGCGAGGACUUCAUACUAGAGGCUUCAAUCAUGGGGCAAUUCAAACAUCCUAACGUGAUUGCCUUGAAUGGUGUCGUGACCCGCAGUCCUGACACACCUAUGAUGAUUAUUACUGAAUUCAUGGCCAAUGGAUCGUUGGACCACUUCCUCAAGAACCAUGAUGGCCAGCUGACGACCCUGCAGUUGCUGGGUAUAGCACGAGGAGUAGCGGCUGGGAUGGCGUACCUGUCUGGAAUGAGCUAUAUUCACAGGGACCUGGCGGCACGGAACAUCUUGGUUGCAGACAACAUGGCGAGCAAAGUGGCUGACUUUGGCUUAUCACGUGAACUGGACGAUUCUGAAGAUAACCCUGAUUCGGAGUAUCAAACUCAGGGUGGCAAGAUUCCUGUUCGUUGGACGGCACCCGAAGCUAUUCGGUACCGAAAGUUUUCUUCAGCGAGUGAUGUUUGGAGCUUUGGUAUUCUCAUGUGGGAGAUAAUGUCAUUUAGUGAACGACCAUACUGGGACUGGGACAACUAUCAGGUGAUGGAUCGCGUCGAGUCAGGAUACCGUUUACCAGCACCAAUGAAUUGUCCAAGAGCGAUUCACAAUCUAAUGCUGGAUUGCUGGGAUAAAGACAAGAACACAAGACCAAAGUUUCCUGAUAUCGUCCAGCGAUUAGACGAAAUGAUUCGAUCACCGGAGAAAAUCAAUCAUGAAUUCAACACCAACCACUGUUUAAGUCCUAAUACGUAUACGCAUUUCGAUGAGAUGACAACAGUCAAGGAGUGGCUUGGCAGCAUCAAUAUGGCUCGAUACGCCGAGAACUUUGCUAAUGCAGGCUAUAUGGACUUGGCUCACAUCAAAUGCCUUGGGGAGGACGAUCUCGCCAGAAUCGGAAUCAAGCUGAUCGGACAUCGGAAUAAAAUUAAUAAGAGCAUCAAAGCUAUGAACAAGCAUUUUGAAAGCAUGGAGUCUAGUCCUGAAAUACAAACUCUAUUAUAGACGGAAAAGGCAAAGAAAAUACUUUGGUAUAUACUUUCGUAAUCGGAUCACCGGGUGACACAGCGCCAAGCUGGAUGUAAUGAGUUGGGCGUAUGUAGUUCACGAAUGUCAUGGGAAAGUAAGAGAAGGCGAUGAAACGAAAGCCAGGAUCUUGGAGUUGUUGAGUUGAAGAUAAAGUAAAAGUCUUUUGGUUAAUGUUCAUAAGAUUUUCAUAUUAGUAUAGUUGAAGACAGUCGUGAGAGGAGAACACAGCUAGCCACUCUAAUUUGGAAAUAAUAGACUUGAAGAUGGUUAUAGUUUUGAAAUGAGGUUACUUUACAAAGAAAUAUUAGUACAAAGGACUGCAGCAUUGGCCCUGCAAUCAAAACGAGUGACUGAAAAUCACUGCACGUACGUGAUAAGCCAUGGUCAACUAUCGAAUAAAACCGGCUUGACGUACUUUCUAUACUUAUAAAAUCUACACCGAAUUAAAUUACUAACGAAAUCUUUUUUGAACUAAAAAACUGUGUAAAUAAUAGUCUUCUAAGAAUCCUUCGACAAAAUUUCUCGUAGUCACAACUUGUCCCAUUGAGAAUGUUCUUGGACGUGAUAUCAUCGAGAGACUGGAGCGAGAGAGAUGUUUACAAUUUGCUCGUUACUGAUUCGUGAAAUGAGAAAUUUAUUGUCGUGUUUUGUAGAUUAGUCAUGCUAUAAAGAUUAGAUGGCAGGCCAAGUUUCUUAAGAAAACUAAUGUUGUUGAAGUUUGCGAGCAUCGCUAAGACAUGCAUGAUCGUUGUAAUUCAUUUUAGAUGAAAAUAGAGUUAUGAGCGGAAAUGUAAGUUUAUAGUAUUCUUUUCAAUUAUCAGUGGUCUUACUAUACUCCAGUUUGAUAAUUGGAGCCGGCAAACCUGGCAGAGCUUUACGAAAAAUUAAAACAGCGCAAUGAAGAAAAGGGUGGGGAAAAUUGAGAAACUAAAGCGAGCAAUAGCAGGUCAGAGAAGAGCCGGUAAAAUUAAUAAAAUGAUACGUAUUAAAAUAUUAUUAAGUAUAAGUGGGCCAGAUCAACGUUUGACAAUUGCAGGUUUUUAAUUUGAACCAAGUUGAGUGAUAAAAGAGGCAUUGCACCAUCACUUGCCGGCGCCCAUAAUACAGCUUGGAUCGAACUGCGCGUGGUUAGAUGGGAGAACAAUAAAACUCCCUUGCUCUCGGGAAUUGAAUUAUUUCUCAUGUAAAACGAUUGUAUUGUUCCUGCCAUCUAACAUGGCUGCCAUCACGUGAUGGAUAAAAGCCUCUAUACUUAUCAGUGACUUCUCAUCAAUGUGUAGUAGUGAGACUAUUGAGAAUAUCUCGCAUCUCUUAAACAACUAUGAAUUGUUUGAUUUUGCUCUUCCGCCACAGCAUUUGGACUUGAUACGUCCGGCGGAAAACAUCGUUAUUUUUAGUCCAAUAGAACUUAUAUUAAAAACUUUAGGGUCCCGUCUGUUUUUAUUCAAACCAACUUAUUAGCAUGGGGCUUAUUAUUUAGCAUGAAUGAAAAAUAUCUUUGCCAGGUUUUUACUAUUAGGCCAAACAGUGAUAAGCAACAUAGCAUGCUAAGUUGAGUCAGAGGCAACCCUGUCUUAUCUAACUUGUUAUAUAUAGAGAGUGGCUUUAUGGCAGCCCUGUUUAAGGGAAAUAACAACGAGCAAGAGACAUGCUGCCGUACAAUCAAUCGCAAAAUCACUGUCGGCUAUAAAACUAAACGUAGAGCAUUCAAGUUGAGACGAGUAAAAAGCAAAGGUGAUUUAUUUUACUUCGAUAAUGCAGGGAGUGGCUACUCAAUUUUCCCGUGCCAGGGGUUCAUGUAUGAAGCUCUCGAAGGUGCGACCUUGACCGCCACGGACUUUUCAGUCUCAGCCUCUAUGUUUUAUGAUUUUGAUAGUAGAAACCGAUAAUGUUUUUGCAAUUGAGUGUAUAUAAAAAAGAAAUAAGACCGAGUAUGUUGACUGGUCUUGUAUUGCAAGUAAUUAUAAAAUAUAUUUUGGAGA